UUGCAUUAAAUACAUUUUAAUCUUACAUUGCCUCUAGUUUUGCCGAAAUGAAGUCGAUAUUUUAAAUAAGGUGGAUUCUGUGAGCAUUAUAGUUAAUAAGCCUACAAUCUCUUACUGACACAUUAAACAAACUAACACUAGGUUUACUGCAUUGCAGCUAAACUGUUGCAUGCUACUGUUCUUUUAACAUAACCACAGUACUGCUAUUACUGGAGACUAAUCUUAGAUUCCACAGCUGCCAUUGGAUUAGUGAGAGGAAAAGUCCCUUUAAACAAUGCAAUGGGCAGGUUUAAUGAAGGGUAAUCCUUGUAAAUAUUGCAAGCACUUUCAUAUGACUUGGUGGAGAGAGGACUACUGCAACAGGACCUGGUAGACUGUUGUGAAAUAAAGGACCAUAAAAAAAAAAAUACCAAAAUGUCUAUAAAUGUACGUGUCACGACAAUGGAUGCAGAGCUGGAGUUUGCCAUCCAGCCUAGCACUACAGGCAAACAACUCUUUGACCAAAUUGUCAAGACAAUUGGGUUGAGAGAGAUCUGGUUCUUCGGGCUCCAGUAUCAAGACAGCAAGGGAUUCUCGACAUGGCUCAAGCUCAAUAAGCGGGUUACAGCCCAGGACGUCAGGAAAGAGAACCCACUUCUGAUCAAGUUCCGGGCCAAGUUCUACCCUGAGGACGUAGCCGAAGAGCUCAUACAGGAGGCCACACAGCGGCAGUUCUUCCUCCAGGUGAAAGAGGGCAUCCUCAACGAUGACAUCUACUGCCCCCCGGAGACCGCUGUACUGCUGGCCUCCUAUGCUGUGCAGACCAAAUAUGCAGACUACAACAAGGACUACCACAUCCCUGGCUACCUAUGUAGGGACAAGCUGCUCCCUCAGAGAGUGCUGGAACAGCACAAACUGACCAAGGAACAGUGGGAGGAACGUAUCAUGGUCUGGCACAGACAGCAUAAGGGCGUGCUGAGGGAGGACGCCAUGGUGGAAUACCUGAAGAUUGCCCAGGACCUGGAGAUGUAUGGGGUGAAUUACUUCAGUAUUAAGAACAAGAAGGGCUCUGAGCUUUGGCUGGGAGUUGAUGCCUUGGGACUCAACAUUUACGAGCGUUCAGACAAGCUGACGCCCAAAAUUGGAUUCCCAUGGAGCGAGAUAAGGAACAUUUCCUUCAACGACAAGAAGUUUGUCAUAAAGCCAAUUGACAAAAAAUCUCCAGACUUUGUGUUCUAUGCUCCCCGACUGCGCAUCAACAAGCGCAUCCUGGCGCUGUGCAUGGGCAACCACGACCUGUACAUGCGCAGACGCAAACCCGACACCAUCGAGGUGCAGCAGAUGAAGGCUCAGGCCAGGGAGGAGAAGACCAAGAGACAACAGGAGAGAGCCCUUUUGGAGAACGAGAAGAAGAAGAGAGAGAAUGCAGAGAAGGAGACGGAGAAGAUCGCCCGGGAGACCAUGGAGCUGAUGGAGAGACUGAGACAGAUCGAGGAACAAACGAAAAAAGCCCAGGAGGAGCUGGAGGAGCAGACCAAGCGAGCCCUGGAGCUGGAGAAGGAGCGUAAGUUCGCCCAGGAGGAGGCCGAGCGUCUGGACAAGGACCGGCGUCUGGCCGAGGAGGCCAAGACUGCACUGCUGCAGCAGUCCGAGAGCCAGCUCAAGAACCAGGAGAACCUGGCCACAGAGCUCGCUGCACUCACUUCAAAGAUCUCCCUCCUCGAGGACGCCAAGAAGAAGAAGGAGGAUGAGGCCCGCAAGUGGCAGAAAAGGGCUUAUCUGCUUGAGAGUGACCUGGAGAGGAUGAAAGAGAAGUUGAAGAGUAAGCUAAUGGGCGUCCACAUCCAGGAGCUGCACCAGGCGGAGAACGACCAUGAGGAGAACGACGAGAGCAGCGCCGAGGCCAGCGCCGAGCUGACCGCCACCGGGACGUGCCGCGACCGCAGCGAAGAGGAGCGCAUGACCGAGGCCCGCAAGAACGAGCGUCUCCAGAAACGCCUGCUGGCGCUAAGCUCCGAGCUGGCCGACGCUCGUGACGAGAGCAAGAAGACCCCGAAUGACCUGAUCCACGACGAGAAUGUGAAGGCGGGCAGAGACAAAUACAAGACCCUGCGUCAGAUUCGGCAAGGCAACACAAAGCAGCGCAUCGACGAGUUUGAGUCUAUGUAAUGGCACUGUGAGAGUCGAUUGCAUUGCGACUAUGACCGUGUAUGAUGUAGAAAGAAAAAAACACUAUGCUAUUUAAGACUACAAACCAUGUGUUGCUGUAUUGUGAGUUAUGCCUGGUAAUCAGAGAUUGUAGAGCCUCCAGUGAUUGUAAUGUUGGUUGGGUCUGUUGGAUGUUUUGCUAAAGUGUCUAUCACAGGUGCAUAUUUUCACCUGUUGAUUAUUUUCAUUAUUUUAGAACUAUUUAAGUAAGUUCUGGUGCAAUAAGAUAUUCCACAUGUGCGCCGUAUAUUUACAACAAUUAAAUGUUGUGAUAUUAUAUAAUCAUUUGGAGAGUGAUUUCUCUAAAUGCAUAAAACUCCAAGGAAAUGUACUUCCUCUUGCUCUACCACGUGUGUAUGGCACGCUGAAGGGGACAAUAAAAACACUGUGUGUUGUAGUAUUACAUGAUUUAAAGGUAACGUCUGUUAUUUGGUUUCAGGUUGUUGAUAUUGGGGCUCAGCAGCUUAUCAAGCUAUACUCCAUCCAUGCUCAGACGCCUGACUGUGUUGAUUAAUGGGGAUUGUUUAUAGUUUGGAUUGCUUUAUAGGAUUAAAAAUGAGGACCUGUACCUUUUAAAUGAUGAUUUUGAAAAAGUUUACAGUGUAUUUUAAUACCGUCAGAUUUACAUACACAUACAUAGACAUACAGAUUUGAACACUAAAUGUUUAUGAAUAAUUUGUUACUUCAGUUCCUUAAUCAGUUACUUCAGUGACUUAAUGAGUUGUUGUUUUUUCCCCUUCUGUUUAUUGGAGACUAUCAAAACGGUGAAUGAUUAAUUUGUGAGUCCAUACUUGAUGUGUGAGGAGAAUACUUUGACCUUUCACAGCAUGCUUUGACCCCAGUUACAAAAUCAUGUGAAUGCCAUGUCUUAAAACAUGUUAAUAAUCGUUUCUGCCAUCCUCUGAAACACCUUUGCAUCUGUAGUAUGCACAUCUGUAGUAUGGACUGAAUAAUCUAACUGCAGAUAAACAAACACCGUGUUCCCAAAAGGCAACAUGUGACCUAGUUUAUUAGGGUUGUGUCACUGUGCUGGAUCUUUAUAGAAGCCAAUAAACACUGUGUACUGCAA